UUUUAAUCUUGCGGCUUCCGCUGGAUUUUCAGUACCAGAUACAGGUAUCUGGAUAUCGUGUUACAUGAUACUUCUUCUUACAGCCUCUUCUUCCCACCGAUUAUUACCGUUUUCCCUCAUUCUCACCUACAGAAUAUCCACGCCUACAUAUCCUUGUAGGGGAUCGAUUGCUACUAGUUUUCUUUCCCCUUCCGGAAGAGUUUCCCACUUCUCUUUUUCUUUUCUCCGUCAAUACGGGUUAGACUUUCAGGCCUGGGAAAGAAGUUCUGUUUCUACAUUUGGUAAACUGGGAAGACUUUUAAAAUUCUUCUUAAGCUCACCUCUGAUAUAUGAUACAUUUGUCGGGUUUUGUACUCAACAAAUUUCGUUUUUACUUGUAUCCACCAGUUUGAGCACUUACCACUCAGCAUUGAAGAAAGAAGUUCUCUUCCUCCCCCCUUCUCCCCCCUUUCUCUCUGUGUGUGUCUGUCUGUAUGUGUGUGUGUGUGUGUGUGUGUGUCGGUUUACCGGUUUUCAAUUUACUCCCAGUUUUGUCCAAUUUCAUGGAUUGAAAUAAAUAGAUACACAACUGUCGUCUGAAAAUCCUUGUUGAAAUAUCCACAAAGCCACUGUCAGCAGAUCGUGCUUAUUUGGACCAAUAGUCAUUGUCGACAGCAAUUUGUCACUGUUAUCAUCUGCUCUCAUUUCGUGUUUUGUUUUUGCAUGUACUUGCUGUGCAGAGCCCCUAAAUCUUUGUCUAAUUACAUCCACUACUUUUGUUGGGCUUGCAAUUGAAUACAAUGUCAUCCUCCGUUCACUUCAAGUUCAAGUCCCAAAAAGAGCCCUCGAGGGUAACUUUUGAUGGUACCGGUAUCUCAGUCUUCGAACUGAAACGUGAAAUCAUCAAUCAGAGUAGAUUGGGCGACGGUACUGAUUUCGAACUGUCAAUCUACAAUGAAGAUACUGGAGAGGAAUAUGAUGAUGACACGACCAUUAUUCCCCGCUCUACGUCUGUUAUAGCCCGAAGGUUGCCUGCAGCAAGACCCGGAAAAGGGGGUGCUUCACGUUAUGUGUCUGGGAAAAUGCCAGUCAAUGCACGCAACACUUCCCGUAACGAUCAACCUUCGUCAAUGCGAAUUGUUCCUGCUAGCCAUACCGUCAGCAACAGUGUCUUAGAACUCAAUAAUGCCCAGACUGAAGAUGAGAAGAUAAAUGCGCUUUUCAACCUACAGGCCAACCAGUGGAAAGAACAGCAGCAGGAAAUGGCUAAUGCUACUCCUGUGCCCUUUGGUCGUGGGAAAGGAAAACCUCUUAAUGUUCCAGAUCAUCCACCGCCUCCUGGGUAUCUUUGUUAUCGUUGCCGCGAAAAGGGCCAUUGGAUUCAAGCAUGCCCAACGAACAAUGAUCCCAAAUUUGAUGGCAGAUAUCGAGUGAAGCGGUCUACUGGUAUUCCCCGUUCGCUUCAAACCAAGGUUGAGAAGCCAGAAUCUUUGGCACUAGAUGGCUCAAAUGAGGAUUUGAGAAACACAGGCGUCAUGGUCAAUGCUGAUGGCGAUUUUGUCAUUGCUAAGCCAGAUAAGGCGGCUUGGGAACUAUACCAGGAGAAGGCCAAGGCAUCUGCUGCUGCUGCUGCAGAAGCAGCAGCAGCCGAAUACAGCAAGCAAUUGCAGGCACAUGGUCUAGAGUGCCCAAUCGACAAACGUAUGUUCUUAGAACCCACGAAGACACCAUGCUGUCAGAGGACAUACUGCAAUGAUUGUAUCACAAAUGCAUUGAUUGAAAGUGACUUCGUCUGUCCGGGUUGUGGAACUGAAGGGGUCUUGCUUGACAACCUUUCCGUCGACGAUGUAGCUAUCGAUAAGAUCAAAAAGUACGAAGCCGACAAAGUGGACGAGAGGAAAGAGAAGGAAAAGCAUUUAGGUCAGGAUAGUCAAUCUUUCGUCAAGGAUACUGGGGCAGAUAGUACAGCCUCACCGAUACAAUCAGAGCUACAAUCACCUACUUCAGCCAGUCGACCUACGCAAAUACAUCCCAAGAAACGGCCUGCAGAAGAUGACCAUGCGACCAUGGAAACUGGCGAUUCGAACUCCACUUCCUCAAUGAAGAAGCAGAAGCCAGAUAGCAGUUCGACCCCUGUGGGCCGGUCAAGUGUGCAAGUUCCAGACACAAAAACUACUUUCCCCCCGCCUUCUGUCAAUCAACAAGUGCCAUUUUGCAGUCUCGGACUUCCGCAGCCCCCAAACACGUCAGCUAUGUCCUUCCCCGAUUCUGGAUUUGUGAAUGAAGGGAUAGGGUUUUUGAAUCCUAUGAUGUUCCCAGCAGGUGGAUUUCAAAAUAAUAUCGAUCCUAUGUGGGCUCAAAUGAAUGCAAUGAACUUCAAUCCUCAACAGGAUGGAGCGUAUGGUGGCAGUGUCAAUGGUAGUAUGUCUCAUGGCUAUCAGGCAAUGAACAUGUAUGGCAAUGUUGGCAAUUUUCCGAUGCAAAUGUUCCCUAUGGGUCAAAUGGCGAGUUCAAUGCAUCAAAGCCCCAAUUUUCAAGGAACAGGAAGAGGCCAUUUCUCAAACCAGCAACGGACUACGUUUAGCACACCUUAUGCUAGGGAAGAGGAUACGGCGUAUUUUCGCCAACCUGUAAACCCACAACGACACCAAGCAAGACAUCGGAGAAUUCGACCAAGUGACUAUCGGGAGCUAUGAACCCCCUUGAGACACAUUUGAAUACCCGGAAGCCCUGCUCUAAUGGCUAUCGAGGCCGGUGGAGUUCAAGCAGGAUUGAGAAACAAGUGAGACUUUUCCGACUUUCAGUCGAAGUUCCGUGAUCCAAUACCCCUGGGUAGGUCCGCGUCUGUUUAAAAUUAGAGGUUGCUUUAAGUACCCUGGGACACACCGGUCAGAUGCGGAAUGGACACUUGAAUCUCUUAAUACUGAGAAAAUCUGAUCCGUCAUCUAGUCUAUCAUGUACAUAUAUUAUGACGGUGGAUACUUUUUUCCGGGCCUAUUCGGCCUUACCCAUUUUCUUUCUGUUUAUCUGUACUCCGUGUUCUGUACAUGAUUGGGCAACAUUCAUCAAAUUUUUAUUUUACGUUGAUACUUCUUUCCAGACCUGCUGAUGACAUACUUAAUCUUAAGCAUGCGUGACUUUUGGCGUAAAAUUGGAGCUUCCACCAUUAAGAAAGAGAGUACUGCUACCACCGACGUACAUGACAAUGCAGAAUAAUAAUACUAUGGUGCCCUAGAGUUGCAACUAAUGGAGGUAUAUCGUUGGUUGGUUACUAGCUAGAAAGGCCUACGUAGUGGAAAGGGUCAGCGAGGGCGGACCUAUGAGGCAGAAUCCCACGUGAUCCAACUGCAACUUGCCAAAGCUUCAGGUAACUAAUAAUACACUGUCAAUAACAUAACUAGUUAAUCCACCACGAGUCGUGCCAAAUUCCGCGAAUUCUCCAUCCUUACUAUAUGGCUUUCUCAAUCAAUUUUCUACCAUUUUAAAACAUGGAAGGUCUAUCUAAAGAACGUUGAAUUCCUGGCACUAUAUGCCUAUAAAAAAAGGUCAAUUUAAAACCAAAAAAGCAGCAGCCUUGGCCUUUGAUAUCCCUGAAACCACCCUUGGAUACUGAAUAAGGGGAGCAGCUCCAUGGUCUAAAAAGUGAUUAAAGGUGCUGAGAUAAAUAUGCAGAAUGCAGUCCUAUUAGCUUCAAUUUGAGAAUUAAUAUAGAAAGAGAAGGCAAAAGAGAACCAAAUACUUCAUUCAAAAUGGGAGUUUAACUGUUGUUGAAGGUAAAGAGAGGAUUAAAGAGGAAAGGAUUCUUU